AGCUAGCACCCCUCCCCUCCCAGGUGCCGACCUCGUCACCACCCGCUCACACAAGCGGAAAGCUGAGGCGAAAAGCAAGGCGUCUCUUCAAGCUAUACCCUCCGUGUCGUUUUUAUUUUUCCCUGAACUUGUGGGGGAUAUUUUGGAAGUUUUGUAAUAGACGCGCGUCGGUUAUUCAUCGCCAUUGGCGGACGUUGGUGGUGAGGGUCUGGUUGUUAUUGCUCGGCAGUAAGCGAAGCAGGCAGGCAGACAAACCAAGCGUGUUUGUGGUAGAGCUAAGGGGAAAGGAAAGACACGGCAUCCGGCUUCCGCGGCGAGGCGAGGCCGAGGGCUGGGGCUGGGGCUCGGGUCGAACCAGCUAUCACCGUUUCUGGCCUGCAGUGAGUCCCAUGGAGAAGAUGAAGAAGUUUAAAAGGCGUUUGUCGCUGACGCUGCGCGGGAGCCAGACCAUCGACGAGUCGCUCUCGGAGCUCGCCGAACAGAUGACCAUCGAGGAGAACAGUAGCAUGGACAACGAGCCCAUCGUCAGGAACGGCCGCCCCCCCUCGUCCCACAGUAUGCACUCCUUCCUGCAUCAGUACACGGGCUCCUUUAAGAAGCCCCCCCUGCGGAGACCCCACAGCGUCAUCGGGGGCACGCUCGGAUCCUUCAUGGCCAUGCCACGCAACGGCAGCCGGCUAGACAUCGUGCAUGAGAAUCUGAAGAUGGGUUCUGACGGGGAGAGCGACCAGGCUUCCGGAACCUCCUCAGAUGAGGUCCAAUCGCCCACCGCCGUCUGCCUACGAACACGAGUCAACCGACGCAUAUCCAUGGAGGAUCUGAAUAAGCGGUUGUCUCUGCCGGCUGAUAUCCGUAUCCCUGAUGACUACCUGCAGAAGCUUCAACUCAGCAGCCCGCCAUUCGACCAGCCGCUCAGCCGACGCUCACGACGAGCAUCACUGUCGGAAAUUGGUUUUGGAAAGCUGGAGACGUACAUCAAACUGGACAAACUGGGAGAGGGUACCUAUGCUACAGUGUAUAAGGGUCGCAGUAAGCUGACGGAGAAUCUGGUGGCACUGAAGGAGAUUCGACUGGAGCACGAGGAGGGAGCGCCAUGCACUGCCAUCAGAGAAGUGUCGUUGCUAAAGGACUUGAAGCACGCCAACAUUGUGACGUUACACGACAUCGUGCACACGGACAAAUCCCUCACUCUGGUCUUCGAGUACCUGGACAAGGACCUGAAGCAGUACAUGGACGACUGCGGAAACAUCAUGAGCAUGCACAACGUCAAGGUCUUCCUGUACCAGAUCCUGCGGGGCCUGGCCUAUUGCCACCGGAGGAAAGUCCUCCACCGGGACCUGAAGCCCCAAAACCUGCUCAUCAACGACCGCGGAGAACUCAAACUCGCCGACUUUGGCCUUGCGAGGGCUAAGUCGGUGCCCACCAAGACCUACUCCAACGAGGUGGUGACGCUGUGGUAUCGACCGCCCGACGUGCUGCUCGGAUCCUCCGAAUACUCAACGCAGAUAGACAUGUGGGGCGUGGGGUGUAUAUUUUACGAGAUGGCUGCCGGACGGCCUCUGUUUCCCGGAUCCACAGUGGAGGACGAACUGCACCUGAUAUUCAGACUACUGGGCACCCCGACUGAGGAGAACUGGCCAGGGAUUUCUUCCAUCGAUGAGUUCAAAUCUUACAACUUCCCCAAAUACAAACCCCAGCCCUUCAUCAACCAUGCACCCAGGUUGGACACAGAGGGCAUUGAGUUGUUGCUUUCAUUUUUGAGGUAUGAGUCUAAGAAGAGGACGUCUGCUGAUGACUCGAUGAGACACGGCUACUUCAAGAGCUUAGGAAUGAGAGUACACAUCCUGCCAGAGAAUGUUUCGAUAUUCACCCUUAAGGAGGUCCAGCUACAGAGAGAUCCAGGAUACAGGACCAGCUCCUACCCAGAGACUGGAAACGGCAAGAACAGAAGACAAAGCAUGCUGUUCUAAGAUGAGCCCAGGACACACACACACACACACACACACACACACACACACACACACACACACACACACACACACCAAUGUAUGCAGGAGCACACACACACA